AUGUCCGGGCGCGGCAAAACCGGCGGCAAGGCCCGCGCCAAGGCCAAAUCUCGCUCUUCGCGCGCCGGCCUGCAGUUUCCAGUGGGCCGAGUGCAUCGGCUACUGCGGAAAGGCCACUACGCGGAGCGGGUCGGAGCCGGCGCGCCGGUGUAUCUGGCGGCGGUGCUCGAGUACCUGACUGCCGAGAUUCUGGAGCUGGCGGGCAACGCGGCCCGCGACAACAAGAAGACGCGGAUUAUACCCCGCCACCUACAGCUCGCCAUCCGCAACGACGAGGAGCUGAACAAACUGCUGGGCGGCGUGACAAUCGCCCAGGGAGGCGUCCUGCCCAACAUCCAGGCCGUGCUGCUGCCCAAGAAGACGAGCGCUACUGUUGGGCCUAAGGCGCCCGCGAGCGGCAAGAAGAGCACCCAGGCCUCUCAGGAGUACUGA